AUGUCUCUGUUUCUCUCUGAUAAAUAUUCUAAAUUGGUAUCUUUCUUCGAGAAGGCCACUUCUCCUCUUAACGAAGCCAAAGAAUCGGUUACAUCCAUUGCAGAAUCCGUCGGUGCCUCUCUAACUGAUUCUGCAAGAAAUGCAGUGGAAAAUGCUCUGUCAAGAGGUAUAGAAGGAGCUAAAUUUUUGCUUCAUGUUUUUGAAGAGAAGAGGACUGAAGUUUCGUCCAAGCACGUUGGAGCUGUUACUAAUGCUUCUGAUGGAGCAUCGAGCAGCAGCACCGUGGCAAGCCGAGACCUCCUUGUAUCCACAGACCAAUCAGGUCACAGUAUUUAA